GGAUGGAGAUCGUUAACUGUCAAUUGAAGUCAAUUUAAAUUUUAAAUAGCUGAAUGUUUAAUGCGUUUAAAACAAAUUUGUGAGUUGCAUUUCGAGAAGAGGCACGGCGAGAUCUUAAAAAAAAUAGCGGAAUGGGAGAAGGUGCUUAAACUGCAUCUAUGACCCAAAUUUACAAGUUGCUUUCACUUAAUACGAUUUAACGUUUGAAUCUCAUUCCGUUCGUGUUCUUUGUUGGUUUUGGAUUAAAUAAUUUUGGGGGAAAUGUCCGGUUUGAUUCGCCUUUUAAAGUCUGGAUUAACAAAUUAUCCAAUUAUAACGAAUGCGGGAAUUUUUGGGACGAUGUUCGUCGGAGCUGAGUGCAUCAAUCAAACGUUAUCCAAAAAAAUCUUGACUGAAAAACCAAAGAGUUACGAUUUCGAUUGUAUACAAAGAUGCGGGAUUUACGGCACUUUAAUUCAAGGGCCAUUAAUGACUGUUUGGUAUCGUUGGCUGGAUAAAACGUACGCUUCAACUGCGCCAAAAAUUGUCCUUAGAAAAAUGUUAAUGGAUCAAUUCUUGUUUACACCACUUUUAUACGCAAUUUUUUACACGUCGAUGUCUAUUUUGGAAUGUCAAGAAAAUCUUUUCGAAGAAUUAAUCCAUAAAUUCCCGAAAACGUUCACAGUAAGCUGCCUCUUUUGGCUACCAGUUCAAGCAUUAAACUUUUCUUUAGUCCCUCCACUUUAUCGAGUCAUUUAUAUGGGAAUAGCAUCAUUCGCUUGGGUCACAAUUCUAUGCUACAUUAAAAGUGAAACCGUCGAAAAAGCACCAAUAAAAUCAUCUAAUAAUUAAGUAAAAAAAAUAAUAAUAAAAAUAAAGAUUUUUUGUAAUAAUUCAAUCUUUUUGCUUCGCUAUUAACUGUGAUAAGUAUUAACUAUGAUAAACCGUGUAAUUUAUAUAUUAUUUGUUUGUUCGUGAUACAAAAUGCGUAUUAAGCAAAAAAAAUUAUACAUUCUUAAAACAA